UCCUUCCUCUCUCGUUUCCAGCUUGGUCCCCGCAUGUGUCGGCUGUUAGUUUACAGGUCAGUGAGGAGCUUUAAAUACCUUCUUCUCCGCACUGUUUUCUCCCGACUCGAAAGGAAGAGAUGAAAGAAGCAAUUAUGAACCAAGAAAAACUUGCUAAAUUACAGGCACAAGUCCGCAUCGGCGGAAAGGGUAGUGCCCGCAGAAAGAAGAAGGUUGUACACAGAACAGCAACUGCAGAUGACAAGAAGCUCCAGUUCUCCUUAAAGAAACUCGGUGUCAACAACAUCUCUGGUAUAGAAGAGGUCAACAUGUUUACAAAUCAAGGAACAGUCAUCCACUUCAACAACCCUAAAGUGCAGGCCUCCCUCGCUGCCAACACCUUCACCAUCACAGGCCACGCUGAGACCAAGCAGCUCACCGAGAUGCUGCCCGGCAUCCUGAACCAGCUGGGAGCCGACAGCCUGACGAGCCUCAGGAGACUCGCUGAGGCCCUGCCCAAACAAGCUGCCGAUGGAAAAGCGCCGAUUGCAGCAGUAGAAGAAGAAGACGACGAUGUUCCAGAUCUGGUGGAGAAUUUUGAUGAAGCAUCCAAGGAUGAAGCUAACUAGAGGACAUGGGACACACCGGAAUGCCAAAACUUGUCAGGACCAUGUGGGGGGGGACUAGUUUAAUGUGUUUGAGAGGUGGAAACUUAGUAAUUAAAGUACUUGAGAAGAUGGAUAGUCACCCUUUGGCUGUGAGCAACACUAAUAUGUGCAACACCUGAAUAUAUUAGUAACAGGAGUAAUUUUCUAGACAAGUAUUCAAAAGUAUUAAAAAAUCAGGGUAGGUAUUGAAGCGUAAGGUAUUUUAGUACUCGUUCCACCUCUUCCUUGUUUUUUGCCUCCAGACUCUCCAGUGUUUGUUGUGCCCUGUGUGUCCAGUUGUGAGAGAUUCUGUGAAGAUGGUGUUUAAAGCUCCUGCUGUACAUGUGUUUCCUCCAUGAUACUGAACCUUCAUUCUGUGUGGCCUCACUAAAUCCACCAUAUCUGGAAUAAACCUUUGCUACUGUCAGAACAUA